GCUACCGACAACAGUGACGACGACGACUGCACCAUGAGCGAUAGGAAACGGCCUCUAGAAGGCGGUUCAGAUGUUUCCGCAGCUAAACGGACUCGAAGUAAUGUUGCAACGCCCAGUCACGAAACAAAUUCUACGGCAGAACUAUCCCAAGCCGCCUUGAUCACGCAGAAGAAGGCGGAGGUUCAAGCUAAGCUUGCCGCCAUGCAAAAAAAAGCUGCGGGGUCUGUUCUGAAAACUCCCACUCCCUCUGUCACAUCCGCAUCUGCCAUGCCAACCCCACGACCGGCAGCAUCAACCAGUCAAUCGCCGUCGCCCUCUGUCACAGAUGAUUUAGCAAGAAAGGUUGCGGAGGCUCGAAGGAAGGUUGCCGAAGCGCAGAGCAAACUUGCCAUCAAGGACAACCCUUACAUGUCAAUGCCUCAGACAGGAAAGAAGAACAAACUCGUUGAACCCGCACAACAAGGAGCCGGCCUCAAAAUGACCGCUCAUCCGCUUCUCCUCGACGUUACCCCAACCGUGCCGCAGUCCAAAAAGGACAGGUACAAGCCUAUGCAACCCAAGUUCCCAUCGAUGAAAGCCAAUACGCGCAACGUGCCGACACCCCCUCCCGUCGCCCCUACCCCUCCUCCCAAAGAGAAUCCUUAUGCUGUUGCAGCCUCGUCGGCGGGGGAUAGCGGAUUCGAGGGCGCGCCGCGUGAACGCGUAGGACGAUCGAUGAAGUUUAAUCCUAAGGGCAAGUACGUCGCACUGGCGAAUCAACAAAGGCAAGAAGCACAGCUAGAAGCACUCAAGCAACGAAUUGCACAGAGCGCGCGCAAGGCAGGUCUAGAUUCUGAAUUCGACACGUUGGAGAAGCACAUUCGCCGUGAGCCUCCGCCCGAUGCAGAAUGGUGGGAUGUUGCUCUUUUACCCAACAAGACCUACGAGGACCUCGUCAAUUUGGGCCCUUCACUGUUGAACAUACGGAACCAGCAUUCACCCAUCAAUAUAUACAUUCAGCAUCCCAUCCCUAUCGUCGCUCCGAGCGAGAAGAAUACACCUGCGGUGAAGCCACUCAUGUUGACGAAGAAGGAGCAAAAGAAGAUGCGCAAGCAACGCCGUCAAGCCGAACUACAAGAUAAGCGGGACCGCAUCCGCAUGGGUCUCAUUCCUCCUGACCCACCCAAAGUUCGCCUUGCGAAUCUGAUGAAGGUCCUCACCUCAGAUGCUGUGCAAGAUCCAACCCGUGUCGAGGCGCGGGUGAGACGUGAGGUUGCAAUACGAAAGCAUGGACACGAAAAAAUGAAUGCGGAGCGCAAGCUGACUGAUGAUCAGCGGCGCGAGAAGAUUGAGACGAAGAAGGUCGAGGAAGAGAAGAAGGGUAUUUAUGCUGCUGUAUUCAAGAUAAAGACACUCUCGGAUCCAGCACAUCGCUUCAAAGUACGCAAGAAUGCAGAGCAAAUGAACCUCACGGGUAUCGCGAUCUUCAAUCCCUCGUUCUCGUUAGUAUACGUCGAGGGUGCAGCAAAGUUCAUUCGGAUGUAUCAGCGGCUAAUGCUCCACCGCAUCGCAUGGACGGAAGCUGCCCGUGCGCGAGGCGAAGAAGAUGUUGUUCUCGACAUUUCAGAGGGACAAAUACCUGACACUGUCGAGAACGCUGGCAAAGGAAAGAGCAAGGCAGACGAUGGGACACAGAUCGGGGAGGUGUCUCUUGAAGACAACCGUUGCGAUAUGGUAUGGGAGGGGCAGUUGCGUGACCGAGCAUUCACAAACUUCAGACCGAAGAGCUGUCCAACGGAUGGAGCGGCUAGAGAGGCGCUAGGCAUGAAAAUGGCGGGCUACUGGGAUAUGGCGAAGAAUUGGAAGCCAGAUGAUGAGUUCUUUUGACACAAAGGUGUGCGAUUGUACUUAGUGUCCCCUGGUUGCAGAGAAUCAGCAUUGUUCUCCGUUAGUCUG